UAUGCCGUCCAAAUGAGAAUAAUUUAAUUGUAAGGUCAACAACAUUCAGCCUACGUUAUUUUGAGUGCUGUUGCAUGAAUAAUUAAGUGUUUUUAAUUUGGGGACUUUUUUUCAAUUAUGUACGUGCAACUGUGUAGGUUACGGUGUAAAAACGUUCUAAAAAAGUGCGGUUUCGUACGGUUUUAUCAGAGCGAUAACGUGUUCGGGUAUAAAAAACCAUCUAAAACAACAUUUAACAUUUCAGAAAAAUGGUUAGAAAACCGUCAAAAAUCCAGCAAUUUAUACAGACUGGUAACGGCUUAUAGGCAACAUGGACACAAACUGGCCAACGUCGAUCCGAUUUCAUUACUCGAUGACAUUUCCCAUAAUAGUGAGGGGACUGAAUUAAAUAUCGCUCGAUACGGUUUCACCGAUCCAAGUGAACAAAUCGAUUUGCCGGCAGGUAUUGUUAACAUGCCAAAGGAUAAAGUAUCGAUAAGCGAGUUAGUCGAAUUCCUGAGCCAAACUUAUUGUAACUACACUAGUAUAGAGUAUCAGUAUAUAGAGAAUGAGGAAGAGCGCGAGUGGUUAUCACAAGAAUACGAGCACCUGUCAACACAAGAAUUGGAAAAAAACGUGAAAAUCACGCUGGCCAAGGAGCUGCUCAGGUCCGAAGAGUUCGACCAUUUUAUGGCCAAAAAGUUUGCCAGUGUUAAACGUUAUGGGGGAGAGGGCGCGGAGAGCAUGAUGGGGUUUUUUAGGGAAAUAUUCGAGUUGGCCGCGAAGGACACGUUGCAGCACAUUGUAUUGGCGAUGCCGCAUAGGGGACGCCUCAAUCUGCUUACGGGACUGCUCAACUACCCUCCGGCCCAAAUAUUUAACAAACUAAGGGGCAAUCCGGAUUUCCCGGACGACUACGUUUGUUCCGGUGACGUGCUUAGCCAUAUUAUUUCUUCCACAAACUUGUCUUAUGAAGACAGUAAAUCAGUGCACGUGUCAGUAUUAUACAAUCCCUCGCACUUGGAGGCCGUCAAUCCAGUUUCCAUGGGAAAAACCAGAGCGAAACAAUUGGGAGUGAAAGAUGGUGCUUACAACAUCAGCUCGAAUUUGAGUGAUAAAGUGCUGAAUAUACAGGUCCACGGGGACGCAGCCCUAAUAGGCCAAGGCGUCAACCAAGAGUCCCUAGAACUGAUGACGACGCCGCACUUUGAGGUGGGCGGUACCGUCCAUUUUGUCGUCAAUAAUCAACUGGGGUUCACCACGCCCGGCCAAAGAGGUCGCUCCUCUCGUUACUGUACCGAUUUGGCGAAAAUCGUUGAGGCACCGGUCGUUCACGUCAACGGAGACCACCCCGAGGCAGUGCUGAAAGCCACCAGGUUGGCCUUCAACUAUCAAAGGAGGUUCAGGAAGGACGUUUUUAUCGAUAUGAACUGCUUUAGGAGGUGGGGCCAUAACGAGAUGGACGAUCCUACUUUUACCAAUCCGGCCACCUAUGCUAUUAUCCAUCAGAAAAGGUCAGUUCCCGACUCGUAUUCUCAACAACUGAUCGACGAGGGCAUCCUCACGCAUCAACAGUGCCAAGAUAUACGGGGCGAGCAUUUCGAUUGGCUUAACGAAGAGCUUGGGCAGUCCGAAAACUGGCUCCCAAAGGACGUCUAUUUUAAAUCCCAAUGGACGGGAUUCGGUCAGGCCCCGGCGGCUGUGACCGUCUGGGAUACGGGAAUCGACGUGGACCUGAUGACGUUCAUCGGAGAGAAAUCCGUAAAGUAUCCGGAAAGUUUCAAAAUCCAUCCGACGGUUCAAAGGGGUCACGUGAAAAACCGUUUGGCGCGAAUCGGCGAGGGGUUGAAAGUUGAUUGGUCGACCGCCGAGGCUCUGGCAAUCGGUUCGCUCCUGUUCGAAGGUUAUAACGUUCGAAUCAGCGGACAGGACGUGGGACGUGGCACGUUCUCCCAGCGACACGCCAUGCUGGUCGACCAAGAUAGCAACAGUAUUUACAUUCCUCUUAAUCACCUCCAUGGGGAGCAAAAGGGGUUCUUGGAGGUGGCCAACAGUAUUUUAUCGGAGGAGGCCGUGCUGGGUUUCGAAUACGGGAUGAGCAUCGAGAAUCCGAACAAUUUGAUCGUGUGGGAGGCCCAAUUUGGGGAUUUUUUCAACGGGGCCCAGAUCAUUUUCGAUACGUUCAUUAGCACCGGAGAAGCGAAAUGGAUUUACCAAAGUGGUUUGACGGUUUUAUUGCCGCACGGUUACGACGGCGCGGGUCCGGAGCACAGCUCCUCCAAACUGGAAAGAUUCCUCCAGAUGACCGACUCGAAAGAAGACGGCGUCGACGGUGAUGACGUCAACAUGCAGGUGUGCCAACCGAGUACACCCGCACAGUACUUUCAUUUGUUACGCCGACAAAUGGUGAGGAACUACAGGAAACCGUUGAUCGUGAUUACGCCGAAAACGCUCUUGAGAGCCCCGGAGUGCGUUUCUACGUUCGGCGAUAUGACUAAAGGGAGCCAUUUUAGGCCAGUUUUAGGUGAUCCAAUUGUGGAUCCCUUAAGGGCCAAACGGGUCCUACUUACUUCCGGCAAACACUUUUACUCCCUAGUGAGGGAAAGGCAGACUAUUGGGGCAAACGAUGCGGCCAUAGUAAGGGUCGAAUCGUUCUGCCCUUUUCCCACCCAAGAACUCACGCAAGAGCUGUCCAACUAUAAAAAUGCCAAAAAAUUCAUUUGGUGCCAAGAAGAACCGCAAAAUAUGGGGGCGUGGACGUUCUUCAAAAGACGCUUCGAGAAUCUCGUGGGGAAACCGGUUAUGUACUGUGGCCGUCCAACUGCGGCUGCGCCGGCCGCGGGCGUGGCCAAACUGCACAAGCAACAGGAAACGGAAAUACUCACCAAACCGUUUGUUUUGUAAAUAAAUAAAUCAAAUUUGUUAUCAUAUUAUUAUUAUAUAUUUUAAUAUAUUAA